CAUCAAUGAAAAGCUUAUACAGAUUCUGUUACUUCUGUUUUCUGUUGCCUACCCUUAUAGCAUCUGAUUCUACAGAUACCAUAACCACAAAUCAGCCACUUGCAGAUGGCAAAACGAUCAUCUCAUCAGGUGGAGCUUUUGAACUGGGAUUUUUUAAACCAGAUGUUAAUUCCAACAGAACAUACUUGGGAUUAUGGUACAAGAAAGUUUCCAAGUUAACUGUGGUAUGGAUUGCUAAUAGAGACGUUCCAAUCAAUGACACAAAUGGCCUUCUGAAGGUGACUGAUCAAGCUAAUCUCGCACUAUUCAAUGGGGAAGGUACAGCCAUAUGGUCAUCCAAUGCCACAGGGUCGGUGAAGAAUCCUGUAGCUCAGCUUCUUGAUUCAGGAAAUCUUGUUGUUAAAGAUGCAGCUGAUGAUAAUCCAGAGAAUUACCUGUGGCAGAGUUUUGAGCAUCCUACUGACACCCUUUUACCAGGAAUGAAGUUAGGAGAAAAUUUCGUGAAAGGCACCGAAGUUUACAUUCAGUCUAUAAAGAGCAACGUUGAUCCUUCAAGAGGUAAUUUCAUAUUUAGAGUGGAUCCUGAUGGCUUCCCACAAAAAUUCUUGAUGAAUGGUUCAACUCCACGGUUUCGUACUGGACCAUGGAAUGGUCUGAGGCUUAGCUGGGGUUCGCCAGGCCUUCAACCAAAUCCGGUGUAUACUUAUGAGUUCGUAAAUAAUCCUCAGGAAGUAUACUACAGAUAUGAUCUUAUUAACACCUCUGUCUACUCUAGGCUUAUCGUGAGUGCUGAUGGGAUUAUUCAGAGGUUCACUUGGAAUUACAAGACUCAGGAUUGGGCUGUUUACCUUAAUGCACCGGCUGAUACUUGUGAUAUUUACGGGCUUUGUAACAACUACAGUAUCUGCAGCACUGCUAGUUCUCCAAUCUGUAGCUGUUUGGAUAAAUUUGUGCCAAAAUCCCCCAGCGAAUGGCAAGCAACAGACUGGUCUAAUGGCUGUCAGCGUAGAGUUCCUUUAGAUUGUCAAAAAGGAGAUGGAUUUAUAAAGUAUUCAGGCAUUAAGUUGCCAGAUACGCGAUGGUCAUGGUAUAAUCGGAGUAUGACUCUCAAGGAAUGCGAGGCAAUUUGCUUGAAAAACUGUUCCUGCACAGCUUAUGCGAAUACGGACAUAACAGGCAAAGGCAGUGGCUGCGUGCUUUGGUUUGGUGAUUUGAUCGAUAUGACCAGGGUCAAUGGUGGUCAAGACAUCUACAUAAGGAUGGCUGCCUCUGAGAUACCCUCUGGAGCAAAUAAAGCAAAAAUACUGGGAAUCAGCUUGCCUUUAGUAGGAGCUUUUCUACUGCUGGUCCUUGGCCUUAUCUUGUGCGCUCAAAAGAAAAAGAGAAGGCAGAGGAAACUUGCUGAACAGCUACCUAGCAAAGGGAAAAUGGAAAGCAGAUCAGAGCAGCGCCUUAAUACAGAAAGUGACAAGGAAGACCUUGACCUGCCAUUGUUUGAUUUGAAAACCAUUGAGCAGGCUACUAAUAACUUCUCAAUAGAUAAUAAGCUUGGAGAGGGUGGAUUUGGUCCUGUUUACAAGGGUACACUUGAGGAGGGCCAAGAAAUUGCAGUAAAGCGGCUUUCUGAAUACUCUAUACAAGGACUUGAUGAGUUCAAAAAUGAGGUUAAAUGCAUUGCAGAAGUUCAGCACAGAAAUCUUGUGAAGCUUCUAGGGUGCUGUAUCGAAGGAGAAGAGAAAAUGUUGAUCUAUGAAUUCAUGCCUAAUAAGAGCUUGGACUUCUUCCUUUUCGAUAAUGAUCGGAGCAGAUUGCUUGAUUGGCCAAAACGCUUCCAGAUUAUCAUUGGGAUUGCUCGUGGACUUCUUUAUCUUCAUCAGGACUCGCGAUUGACAAUCAUCCAUAGAGAUCUUAAGGCUGGAAAUAUUUUGUUAGAUAGUGAAAUGAAACCAAAAAUAUCGGACUUUGGAAUGGCCAGAAUUUUUGGAGGAACUGAGACUGAAGCACGCACAAAAAGAGUUGUUGGAACAUAUGGCUACAUGUCUCCGGAGUAUGCAGUCAAUGGAGUUUUCUCGACAAAAUCAGAUGUUUUCAGCUUUGGUGUUUUCGUACUGGAGAUUGUAACUGGGAAGAAGAACAGAGGAUUUACUCAUCCUGAUCACUAUCAUAGUCUUCUUGGGCAUGCGUGGUUACUCUUCAAAGAUGGCAGAUUUCAGGAGUUGAUCGAUGACCAUUUCAGUCAAUCUUGUUUUCUGUCUGAAGUUAUUAGAUCAAUUCAUGUAGGACUACUAUGUGUACAACAAUAUCCGGACGACAGGCCAAGCAUGUCAUCUGUGGUUUUGAUGCUUGUUGGUGAUGAAGCAUUACCUUUCCCUAAGGAGCCUGGCUAUUUCACUGAAAGAAAUUGCUUUUUUGAAACUGAUAAGAUUUUCUCAAGCGGGAAUCAACUCACCAUCACAUUGUUGGAUGCUCGAUAGUUGAGUAUGUUGUAAAUAAAAGGGAUAUUUCAAAAGAUCUUGUCCCACAUUGAAAAAUUAAAGGGACUUCUCAUCAUUUAUAAUACGUAGUCUGUUAUUAAACUUGUGUUAAGUUGGUAACUAAUCUGGGUUUGCGCACAUUUUUAGCCA